AUGGAAGCUGUGGAGCAGAACAAUAAUGGAGGUUUUUUGGGAGAUGGCGUGGAUUGGCUUUGGGCUUUGGAUCCUGUGGGCUGUGGCUGCUUAUUCUUGGACACUGGGUUGGGCCAGUCACUCUGGAGUGGAUGGAGGAUGGGCUUGACUUGGUUCAAUGGACCUGCCCGGGCCCGGGCUGACUUCGUGGAUUUCUAUUCAACUUCUUCUUCAACAUAUUUGGAAGGAACAGGAGUGUAUCCUGGGCACGGGAUCCAGUUUGUUCGAAAUGAUGCAAAGGUCUUUCGAUUUUGUCGAUCUAAAUGCCACAAAAACUUCAAGAUGAAGAGAAACCCUCGCAAAGUUAAGUGGACCAAGGCUUACAGGCGGGUGAAUGGAAAGGAUAUGACUCAGGAUUCGACAUUUGAAUUUGAGAGGAAACGGAAUAGGCCAGAGAGAUAUGACAGGAAUGUGGCAGAGGAGACUCUCAAGGCCAUUAAGAAAAUUGAUAAAGUCAGAGUCGACAGGGAUGCCCGACAUCAUGCAAAGAGAAUGAAGGGAAAGAAGGCCCAGGUGCUAAUGGAAGCUACAAAGGAACUGGAACAGAGCAUCCACAUGGUCAAAGCUCCUGCUGCUCUCCAAAAAGAUCCCUCGCACACAUUGCCAAAGGUCUCUCAGAAGCAAACAGUGGACCGGAUGGUAGAAUAG